AUGCCUAGAUAUACCCUCCCCACCCACCUCAAGUUCGUGUUCUUCUGGAACACCGCAGCUGCCACCCUCUGGUUCUGCUGUCUCGGACGGUUUGCCAUCCUUUUGCCGUUGGUAGGAAGAAAGUUCCUACCAGGAGGCAUUGCUGACUUCUUCCAUGUAGUUUCCAUGAUCCCGUUGGUUAGCUUCUUCAUGCAAAAGACAUUGGUCAAGACUCAGCUCUCGGUAAACGAUCUCUGGAACCUCUUCAACGGGUCCAGAAUGGUAUGGGUGUGCUACGGAGUGAUCUUCCCCCAUCCAAAGGUGGCCAAGCACACCUCCUACUCGUUCUUGAUACUAUCGUGGUGCCUCAUGAACUUCAUCCACUUCUCGUUCCAUGCGUUCCGCAUCCGUGCCAGAGGCUCCACGCCCCAUUUUCUCUUCUGGUUGCAGUAUCACAACUUCUAUCUCACCUUCCCCAUAGCGUUGAUUUCUGAGAUGAUCUUGACCUUCUUGAGUCUAGGCUUCGUCGACGACUCGCUGCAUUACCAGUUGUUGAUCAAGGUGGUCUUGUUGUCCUACGUUCCCGUGGCAUACUUCACUUGGAGGUACUUGAAGCAAAGAAAAAGCUCCAAAUACGACGCUGUCAUAGCCAAGAGACUCCAGUCUAGAGCACGCUCGGUGGGCGCCUCGUCCGCAACAGCGACCUCCUCUAACAUCUCACCCGAAAACCACGAAUUGGCAGAAAUGAGUGCCAGUUCUCACCUGGAACUUCAAUCAUAG